AUGGACCGGCUGAGAGAGCCCAAGCUGUCGCCCAUUGCGACCGGAGGCUUCAAGCACUGGGCCGUGGCAUUCAUCGUCUGCAACUUCAAUGUCGACAUAGGUCCCGAAAUCGAGAUUCUCUAUCCCCCACAAGUCCCCUUCUCGGCCGCCGACCUGAGCGCCAUAUGCUUCAACAGCUUCCCCGAGCAGCAAAAUACAGAGACGGCCGAGGAUCUUUGCUACCACUUUGCCAUUACCAACAAUUCGCCUGACAUCCAAAUCACCUCGCCCAACGCGCCCCAUGGCAGCGCAGACACGCUGUAUGGCUCGUGUGUCUUCCGCCAGGAGUAUGAUGGCUCAAUGAAGAGAAGCUUCAACCAACGAACGCUGGUUUUGGUUUCCCACCACAACUUCACCUCGUUGAACUACCGCAUCCUGCACAAGAUGACCGAAUCAGGCUACCUUAGCGAUCCAACUACGCUGGAGGCGGCCUACUCGCAGAUGAACACGUGGAUGCCCCCAUCGGUAGGCCGCCAUGACCUCCCAUUCAUGGGAACCAUGCUGAGGCUGGAUAUUGCCCCACACCGGUCGUUUCCUUUGCAGGGCCUUCCUGGCCCCACGCCCUUGAUAUCCGAUACGCCUCUAUCUAUCUAUGCAUAUGAGCCCAUUGGAUCGUGGGACAGCAUCAUGCACUACAUGCCCUGCAUCACCGACCUCUAUGUGCUCUACGAGAAACUGAUCCUGUGUGAAAGCAUCAUCGUCAUCGCAAAGUCCCCCCAGCUGGCAAGCGAGGCCGUGUCUUCGCUUGUUGACCUCAUCUGCCCGGUUCCCUAUGCUGGUGUAGUCAAGCCCUACAUGACUAUGCAGGCAAAUUUCAAGAGUAUCGGCAUCGAUGGCGGCACACCCACGCCAUUCGUUAUCGGCAUCACCAACCCCUUCUUGCUAAAGCGAAUCGUCGCUGCCGCCGAGGCUAGUCACAAAGCUCGACCGCACAUACUGUAUCUGCAGAAUUUCGACGGACCCGUGCCGAUGCGCCGUCACCACUCGCUACAUCACAAGUCAAGUCGCAACGCACUUCUCGACCUCCCGGGCGGUGGUAUCGAAGUUCACACGCCCCCAAAGCGCUUCCUCAAGUCAGAGCCAACGAUUGUGUCACGGAUUGACGCAUUACUUAGGCUCGGUGACCAAACUCGAGAACUCGGACCCAUCGUCCGCCGCCACUUUGCCGAACUCACCGCUCAGUUCAUCGCGCCCAUCAACCGCUAUCUCGCAACAUCCCACGUCGUAACACCCGGAGGCAACAGCAGGUAUGCUAGCUUCCAGGUACGAGAAUUCCUGAGCAGCGUUAGCAAGUACGGGACCAGUGUCAAAUUUCGGGGAUCAGGACCGAUACAGAGGCAUCGAGCAAGAGAUGGCAUGUACGAGACCUUUUGCAACUCGCCAAACUUUUACUCGUGGCUGGAAAUGAAGAUAUCACUAGAGAACGAGGCAUCUGCUGGAAUGCUAAACAGUCCAGCUGCACCUUCUAGUGUGGGGAGAUAG